AUGUCGAUCUCUCCCCUGAAUCAGGGAAAACUAAGUUGCUUAAGAUUAAUAGCACCUCCUUUUGUGGGAUUUGUAAUGUUGUCAAUGCCGACAUUGUUCAAAAGUUGGGUCUCGGUUAUGGAGAAAUUAAAGUGGGAUGGACUGGAGUUUCUAAACAAAAUUGGCUCGCAAUCUCAAGAUAUUGCAGAAGAUAUUUAUAUUCAAUCUUUUGAAGAACGUUCUUCUGAAGAGAGGAAAACCAAAGAAGAUUCUAUCAAAGGAGUAGGCAGUGAUGUUCAGUAUUCUACUAGUGAGAAGUCUCUUAGCCCAAAAACAGAUCAUUUUUGGAUGAUAAACAAACUGAAGAAACGAGAGCACUUUUUAAAGUUGGGUGAACAAAUGAAAUAUUAG